CCGCCGCCCGGCCCGCCCGGCUUGCCCGGCUCGCCCGGAUUCCUCCUUAAAUUCCGCCACCCCAUCUCAGGCCUUCCAUACAUGAUAAAACCCGGUUUUCCAUUUCGUCCUCCUUACAACGCACGAUUCCGUCUGCCGCCGAUAUGGGUUCCCUUGCUGACCUGUACUACCCACCGGCACGCCGCGACAACUCCGUUGUUGACGACUACCACGGUGUCCUCGUUUCCGACCCCUAUCGCUGGCUGGAGAACCCCUAUUCGGACGAGACGAAGGCAUUCGUGGAGGCGCAGGUGGCGCUUACGGACUCGAUUCUGGCGGAGUGCGGGGAGAGGGAGCGGCUGCGCGAGCAAAUUACCAAGUUGUUCGACUACCCACGCUACGAAAUUCCCUUCAAGCUGGGUGGGAAGUACUUCUAUUUCCACAACUCCGGCCUUCAGGCGCAGAGCGUUCUGUAUGUCCAGAGCGAUUUGGAUUCAGAGGCCGAGGUUUUACUCGAUCCGAAUGGUCUGAGCGAGGAUGGGACGGUGGCUGUUACCACUGUUUCGAUUAGCGGGGAUGGAAAGUACUUGGCAUAUGGGCUUAGCUGGAGUGGGAGCGAUUGGGUUACCAUCAAAGUAAUGCGGAUGGCUGACAAGAUGCCUGAGCCUGAUACGAUAUCAUGGGUUAAGUUCUCAAGCAUUAAUUGGACUCCUGAUGGGAAGGGAUUCUUCUACGGAAGAUAUCCGGCACCAAAAGGAGGGGGCAAUGUAGAUCCAGGGACAGAGACUGACAUCAAUCUUAACCAUCAUCUAUGCUACCAUUUUUUGGGGACUGAUCAGUCUGAGGAUGUCUUGUGCUGGAAGGAUCCUGAGAAUCCCACGUAUAUGUUUGACGCAUUUGUCACCGAAGAUGGGAAGUAUAUUACUUUAGCUAUCAGUAAAGACUACGAUACUGUAAAUAAGUUAUACUACUGCAAUUUAUCUGCACUUUCUGGUGGUCUUGAUGUUUUGAAAGCAAGGAAAGAUAUGCUUCCAUUUGUUAAGUUGGUUGACAAUUUUGAAGCACGCUACAAUGUUGUUGCAAAUAAUGAUACUGAAUUCAUAUUUUUGACAAAUAAAGAAUCUCCAAGGUAUAAAUUAGUCCGUGUUGAUCUCAAUAAACCUGAAAUAUGGAGUGAUGUUUUGCCAGAAGACCAAAGCAUUGUGCUAAAGUCAGCCUAUGCUGUUAAUGGGAACCAACUUUUAGUAUGUUAUAUUAGCGAUGUGAAGUACAUAUUGCAAAUACGAGACCUAAACACUGGUCAAUUGCUACAUAAUUUACCAAUAGAUAUUGGAACAGUUACUGGGAUCUCAGGAAAGCGCCAAGAUGCUGAGAUUUUCAUUGGUUUUAGUAGCUUUCUUACACCAGGAAUUAUUUAUCAGUGCAACUUGUCUUCUGAAGCUCCUGAAAUGAAAGUAUUCCGGGAGGCUUCUGUUCCUGGAUUUAAUAGAGAUGAUUUUCAUGCUAAACAGGUUUUUUUUUCUAGUAAAGAUGGGACCAAGAUUCCAAUGUUCAUUGUUUCAAGAAAAGAUAUCAUUCUAGAUGGAUCACAUCCAACAUUACUACAUGGUUAUGGUGGUUUCAACCUGAACCUGACACCCAUUUUUAUUGAAUGCCGGAUUGUUUUGGCUAGAAAUUUAGGUUUUAUCUUCUGUAUUGCAAAUAUUCGUGGUGGGGGCGAGUAUGGAGAAGAAUGGCAUAAAUCAGGAUCUCUUUCAAAGAAACAAAAUUGCUUUGAUGACUUCAUUGCUGCAUCAGAAUUUCUUAUCUCAAAAGGCUAUACCCAUUCCGAAAGGCUAUGCAUUGAAGGUGGUAGCAAUGGUGCACUUUUAAUUGCUGCAUGCAUAAAUCAGCGGCCUGAUCUUUUUGGUUGUGCCAUUGUUCAUGCUGGUUUCAUGGACAUGCUGCGGUUCCACAAGUUCACAAUAGGUCAUGCAGGGACAUCUGAUUAUGGUUGUUCAGAUAAGAAGGAUGAAUUCCAAUGGCUUUUUAAAUACUCACCACUUCAUAACGUGAUUAGACCAUGGGAGAAAUCUUCUGAUUCAUCUAGUCAAUAUCCUUCAACCAUGCUGUUGACAGCUGAUCAUGAUGAUCGUGUAGUGUCACUACACGCAUUUAAAUUUUUGGCAACCAUGCAAUACAUACUCUGCACGAGUCUGGAGAAUACUCCACAGAAGAAUCCUAUCAUUGCUCGCAUUGAUCGCAAGGAUGGUCAUGGAAUUGGUCGAUCUACCCAGAAAUUGAUUGAUGAGGCUGUUGAUUGUUUUGGCUUCGCUGCGAAAAUGAUGGGAGUUUCUUGGAACGAUUAGUUUUGUUUCAUUAGAAUCAACCCACAAAAAAUUCCGAAAAUCUUAUCUUUCAACUCGGCCUUGCCGAAUUUAGACUUCAUUUGGUACAGCUUUAUUAGCCUUUUAUAAACAAAAAAAAUUGUUAUUUUAUAUGUUUGUCAUACAUUUUGUUUAUUAUUGCUGUAGAAAAAUCAAAUAAAGUGACAAAUGGGGAAAUUGUUUUGAAGGAAAUGCUUGUCUUUCAGAAAGUCAGUUGAGUGUUUAUUAUCGAAAGCAAAAUUAAAGACGCUUCUUUUUGUUUGA